AGUAAACGGGGUGUGGAACGGCCGGCUAUUAACAACAGCAGAGAAAAGAAGCGCACACACGUCGAUGAGAACAUUAUGAUUAUAUUGAUUAGUGUCUGAUUAAUAUGAGUAAAGAAUCACAAAUGAGGGCCGCCAUUAACCAGAAGUUAAUUGAGAUGGGUGAGAGGGAGAGGUUAAAGGAGCUGCUUCGAGCCAAGCUCAUCGAGUGUGGUUGGAGAGAUCAACUCAAAGCACUCUGCAAGGAGGUAAUCAAGGAGAAAGGUAUAGAGAAUGUUACUGUAGAAGACUUGGUUGCUGGAGUUACUCCCAAAGGAAGAGCCCUGGUGCCUGACAGUGUAAAGAAGGAGCUGCUUCAGAGAAUAAGAGCCUUUCUCGCGCAGCACUCAAACAUGAUGCGCAGUAUUUCUGAAAGCGUCUGUCAUUUUGUACUGACAUUAUGCCAAUAGCAAUGCCAGAAAGUUGAACUGUUUUGUGGUGUGAUUUCACUUUUCGUCUUUUUGUUACUCCCAAUAAAGGUUGACUAUGUUUGUACAUAAUAA